AUGUGUGGUAUAUUGGGUAUAGCAUUGGCAGAUGAGAGCAGUCCUGUGGCACCAGAACUAUGUGAUGGUAGUAUUUUCUUGCAACACAGAGGCCAGGAUGCUGCUGGUGUUGCUACCUGUGGUCCUCGUGGUCGGAUUUAUCAAUGUAAAGGUAAUGGUAUGGCCCGUGAUGUAUUCACAGAGUCCAGAGUUUCUGGUUUAGUGGGAUCUAUGGGUAUAGUGCAUCUGCGUUAUCCAACUGCAGGCUCUUCUGCUAACUCUGAAGCCCAGCCUUUCUAUGUGAACAGUCCCUAUGGUAUCAUGAUGGCUCACAAUGGUAAUUUGGUGAACACCGUUUCUUUGAAAAGAUACCUAGACGAGGAUGUGCAUCGUCAUAUUAACACAGACAGUGACUCUGAGCUGCUAUUGAACAUCUUUGCAGCUGAAUUAGAAAAAUACAACAAAUACAGAGUUACCAGUGAGGAUAUUUUCCAUGCGCUUGAAGGUGUAUACCGCUUCGUUCGUGGUGGUUAUGCCUGUGUUGGUGUGCUGGCUGGAUUUGGUCUGUUUGGUUUCAGAGAUCCCAAUGGUAUUAGACCUCUACUGUUUGGCGAAAGGCAAAAUGAGAAUGGUACCAAAGAUUAUAUGCUGGCUUCUGAGAGUGUGGUCCUAAAGGCACACAACUUCACAACAUACCGUGAUUUACUGCCCGGUGAAGCAGUGAUUAUUCCAAAGAACUGUGGUAAGGAAGAACCUCAAUUUAAACAAGUUGUGCCAAUUAACAGCCACAGACCUGAUCUAUUCGAGUACGUUUAUUUUGCAAGACCGGAUAGUGUCCUUGACGGUAUCUCUGUUUACCACACUAGACUUCGUAUGGGUACCAAGUUGGCUGAAAACAUUUUGGAGCAAUUAGGUCCUGAUGAGAUAGAUGUUGUAGUCCCAGUGCCUGAUACUGCUAGGACGUGUGCCCUACAAUGUUCCAAUGCACUAGGAAAGCCAUACCGUGAGGGUUUCGUUAAGAACAGAUACGUCGGAAGAACUUUCAUCAUGCCAAACCAAAAGGAGCGUGUUUCGUCUGUCAGACGUAAGUUGAAUCCUAUGGCAUCCGAGUUCGAGGGUAAGAAAGUGCUCAUUGUCGAUGAUUCGAUUGUCAGAGGUACAACUUCAAAAGAAAUCGUCAAUAUGGCGAGAGAAUCUGGUGCCACUAAGGUCUACUUCGCUUCUGCUGCUCCAGCAAUCCGUUACAACCAUAUUUACGGUAUUGAUUUGACCGACAACAAGAACCUAAUUGCAUUCAACAGAGACGAUGAUGAAGUCGCCAAGGAAAUCGGAUGCGAUAAAGUAAUCUACCAAUCUUUAGAGGAUUUGAUCGAAUGUUGCAAAACCGAUGAAAUUGAUAAAUUUGAAGUCGGUGUUUUCACCGGUAACUAUGUCACAGGCGUUGAAGAUGGUUACUUGCACGAAUUGGAGAGGGUCCGUGAACUAAAUAAGGCCAAAAAGAUAGAUCUCAAGUCCGAAGUGGAUAUCGGCAUAUAUAACUCAGCAGACUACUGA